AUGCGGCUGCCGCAUCCGAGCAAUUCAACGUGGUAUUGCCGCGUUCCCUUCUUUUUUUUUUUCCUUUUACCUUUUUUACUCCUUUCCAUUUUUUCUUCCUUUUGCAAAUUCAUCUACGGGGGUUGCGAUCCCUUAUUUUUGUUCCUCUUCCUUCAUUUUCUCUAUUCUUUCCUCUCCGUUAUGCUUUUCUUUUUCUUUUUUUUUUCGGUGGCCGCCAGUAGUACCCUUUCGUUUGAUUGCCGUAACAUUUGUACCGCAUCGCCCCUACAGUUCCCCGUUUUCUCCUUCACUUUUUUUCUUUUUUCUUUUUUUUUUUUGUUACCCCUCGUGUAA